AUGAAAGUGAAAUGUCCUUUUAGGUUGAGAUUUGCGCUUAGUUGUAGCGGUUGGAAGGUGAUAUUUAGGUGUGGAUUGCGCAACCAUAAACUAUUUAAGAAUUUAAAAGGUCAUUACAUAUUGGGUCAUCUAAAAGUUCAUGAAAGACAGACUGUGAAUGACAUGACGAAGUACAACAUGGCUCAACGAUACAUAGUUGCCUCUUUGAAAGACAAAGAUCCAAAAAAUAUCACCAGUGUUACCCAUGUGUAUAAAGCUAUAGCUACAUACAAUACGAAUAAGAGAGGUUCAUUAACGGAAAUGCAAAUGUUGUUGACUCUUAUUCAUAGAGAAAAAUAUAUGUGUUGCAAUAAAAAUAAGGAAGACUCAAAUGUUGUUGUUGAUAUCUUCUGGACACAUCUUAAUUCAGUGAAGUUGUUGAAUAUGUUUUAUUUGGUGUUGGUUUUCUAUUAUACAUAUAAGACAAAUAAGUACCGGCUACCAUUGCUUGAAAUUGUUGGUGUUACUUCAAUAAAAUUGCCGUUUUCUGUAGGCUUUGCCUAUUUAAAAAAUAAAAUGGAGGAAAACUUCAAAUGGGCACUGGAGAAGCUGAUUGUCUUCAAUGCAACCUCAAUUUGCAUACCUUUAAACAUUAAUUCAACUCUCUUGUAUAAUCAUAAAUUUCACAAUUUCCUGAAAUAG